CACUUAACUCUCACCCAAAACCACAAUGACCACCAACACCCUUUCCACUUUCAUUCUACUUGCUCUUCUUCUUCUUCACUCCACCAAUGCAGCCGUUUUCAAUAUCCGAAACAACUGUCGGUACACCGUUUGGGCUGGUGCGGUUCCUGGUGGAGGCCGACAACUUAACCCAGGCCAAACAUGGUCCUUAAACGUCGCAGCUGGCACAGCAGGAGCACGUAUAUGGCCCCGAACCGGUUGCAACUUUGAUGGCUCAGGGCGUGGCAGGUGCCAAACCGGUGAUUGCAACGGUCUCCUCAGAUGCCAAAACUAUGGAACCCCACCUAACACGUUGGCUGAGUUCGCUCUCAAUCAAUAUCAAAAUCUUGAUUUCUUUGACAUUUCUCUUGUGGACGGAUUCAAUGUGCCGAUGGUAUUUAGACCCAACUCUAAUGGGUGCAGCCGUGGUAUCUCGUGUACCGCGGAUAUCAAUGGGCAGUGCCCGAACCAGUUACGGACUUCUGGUGGGUGCCAUAACCCUUGCACCGUGUACAAAACUGAUCAGUAUUGUUGUAACUCUGGAAAUUGUGGACCAACUGAUUUAUCAAGGUUUUUCAAGACGAGAUGUCCUGAUGCUUAUAGUUAUCCUAAGGAUGAUCAAACUAGCACAUUUACAUGCCCUGGUGGAACCAACUACGACGUUAUAUUCUGCCCUUGAUCAAAGCCAUUUGAUAAUAUAAUCAAAUUACUGUUCGAGUUAUAAGAAACAAGAACCUAAAUAAAUGUUGUAAUGAAUAAGUUAAGGUUCCUUAUUGUAUUACAUUGAAUGAAUCAGUAAUACUCUAAUGACCUUUUUCUUGUAUCUUUCUAAUGUAAUGUAAAAGUGUGAUUUUGUCUUC